AUGGCACCAAGGAAGCUCAAGAUCGGCGUCGCCGGCUGUGGUCGUAUGGGGAAGCGGCACGCUAUGAACUUCUUCCAAUCGGUACCUCGAGCAGAGUUAGUGGCCAUAAGCACCCCAGACGCUGCGGAGCGAAAAUGGGCGGAGGCUCAGUUGGGUCCAUCUGGAGUAUCCGUUUACGAAAGCUUCGACGACAUGCUGAGGCAUGAGGGCCUUGAGGCUGUAUGCAUCGCGUCGGUGACAUCCGUACACGCAGAUCAAGCAAUCAGCGCUAUCGCAGCCGGCAAGCACGUGCUAUGUGAGAAGCCUUUGGCAACAAGUGCGGAAGUAUCACAAACGGUGGUGGAUGCGGCGGCCAAACGGCCGGACCUCAAAGUCAUGUGCGGCUUCUCACGACGAUUCGACGAGUCGUAUCGAGAUGCUCAUGCUAAAAUGGAAGCCGGUCUGAUUGGACGGCCUUCUGUCUUUCGAAGCCAAACAUGUGAUGUUUUAGAUCCGUCGGGCUUCUUCGUGGCAUACGCCCAGUUCAGCGGUGGCAUAUUUGUGGACUGCUCGAUCCACGACAUUGACCUGGCACUAUGGUUCUUCGGUGAAGACAGCAAGGUCCGGUCCGUCUCGGCCGUUGGCAUCACAGCGGUGGAGCCUGGGCUGCGGGAGCACAACGACCGAGACAACGCGGUAGGCGUUAUCGAGUUCAUCGACGGGCGCAUUGCCUAUCUGUUUGCCUCACGCAUGAUGGCCAGCGGCCAGGAAGAUUCGACCGAGAUCAUCGGCACGAAGGGCAAGCUAACAGUGAAUUUGGUCCCUCAGGACAACUUGGUGCGUAUUUAUGAGCCCGGUGGUAUUCGCCACGAGCUACCGCAGAACUACUACGGUCGGUUUAAAAACGCCUUUGCCCGUGAGGCAGUUGAGUUCACGGACUGCUGCCUCGACGACAUCGAGGUGCCAGUGAAGUUGGCGUCUGCGGUAACAGCCGUGAGAAUCGGCGCCGCUCUCCAGGAAUCUAUGAUCACGGAAAAUAAGAUUUGGUUCGACGAUGCGGAAAAUACCGCGGAGCAAGCCCAGCUGUAG